AUCCCAUCACCAAUUUUCUGACAUUGUGAAAAAAUCGGCGCGCCAUUUCCUCUAUUUUUGCGUCGCCCAUCAAUUUUAUGCCAAACAAACGACUUGCAAGUGUUUAUUGUUCAUAGUUAACGCCGCCGGAGGAUCGGCUAACGAGCAACAGACAGAGCAGCACAUCGCACAAGUUGUGCAAGUGAAAAUUGUGCAGCAAAUUGUGAAAUCACGCGCGGUCGACGCUGACGACGACGAUCCAAGGAUCAAAAAUCUAGUGCAGUGAAGUGCAUGUGUUUGCGCAUUGUCUGAGGAGCCAGCGGAGUGAAGAAAGAACUAUGUUUGGCGGCUCGAAACCCACGUUUGGAGCCACGCCCACUGCCACCAGCUUUGGCGGGUUUAGCAACACAGCCGCGACCACACCAUUCGGUCAGACGGCAUUUGGCAAGCCAGCGGCACCAGCGUUUGGCAACACUUCCACCUUUGCCGCCCAACCCGCCCAGCCAUCGCUCUUCGGAGCAGCAGCUACGCCUGCCCAGCCAGCUGGUGGCAUGUUUGGUGCCAGUACGUCCAGUGCCUUUGGCACCACCGCCGCAGCACCCACAGCAUUUGGAGCUUUCUCGCAGCCGCAACAGCCAGCGAAUAUCUUUGGAUCGACACAGGCGGCACCCAACACCUCGCUCUUUGUCCAGGCAGCAACGCCGGCAUUCGGCGCCGCCAAGCCGGCAACCCUGGGCAUGACCGCCUUUGGUCAGACGCCAGCAGCACAGCCUACAACGUCGCUGUUUGGCCAGACAACGGCCGCGACGAGCGCCUCGACAUUCGGCAGCUUUGGCCAGGCAGCGCCCACCACAACAAAUGUCUUUGGCAGUGGGACAGCAUCGGCAUUUGCCCAGCCCCAAGCAGCGGCAGUGGGUGGCGGCGUCAAUCUGGGCACGGCCUUGGCCAAGUAUCAGCCAACGAUGGGCACAGACACGCUGAUGAAAGGCGGACAGCCGAACAGUGUCAGCACCAAGCAGCACUGCAUCACGGCCAUGAAGGAGUACGAACUGAAGUCGCUGGAGGAGCUGCGCUUGGAGGAUUAUCUCAGUUCGCGCAAGGGUCCGCAGGCGGGCAGCACAGCGGGUGCCUUUGGUUUCGGUGGUCAGGCCACGGCUGCUCAGCCCCCAGCCUCAGGACUCUUUGGCAGCACCGUGCAGCCGAGUGCGGGACUCUUUGGCCAGUCGGUGGGGCAGGAGAACAAGAGUCUGUUUGGCACAUCGGCUUUCGGACAGCCUGCCACAAGCAGCGCCUUCGGGGCACCCGCCCAGCAGAACAGCUUCCUCCAGAAGCCUUUCGGCGCGACAGCUGGCACACCCUUUGCCCAGCCCCAGGCAGCGGAUGCCUCGAAUCCUUUUGGCGCCAAGCCGGCAUUUGGCCAGGGCGCCAGCAUGUUUGGCCAGGCACCCGCCACCAGUGCAGCUCCAGCCUUUGGCCAGGCCAACACAGGAUUCGGCUCCUUUAGUACGACGGCAGGACAACAGCCGCAACAGACUUCGCUCUUUGGCAGCACUCCCGCCGCGGAUCCCAACAAGUCUGCCUUCGGCCUGGGCACAGCAGCGUCUGCGGCCAAUACUGGCUUUGGCUUCGGCAGUCCGGCCACCAGCACGGCGGGUGGAGGCCUGUUUGGGUCCAAGCCGGCCACGAGCUUUGCCGCGCCCGCCUUCGGAGCCACCUCAACGGCCAACACGGGCUUCGGUAACUUUGGGAUGACCAACAGCAGCGUCGCCACGGGCGGAGGACUCUUCAAUAAUGCGGGAGGCAUGAACAAGCCAGCAACCACGGGAUUUGGUGGCUUUGGAGCCGCCACCGCUGCGCCGCUCAACUUUAAUGCCGGCAACACGGGAGGAUCGCUCUUCGGGGGUGCAGCAAAGCCCGCAGGAGGCAUCUUCGGGGGAGCAUCCACACUGGGUGGCCAGACGCAGGGUGGACAAGUGGGCGGCGUCGGAGGAGGACUCUUUGGCGGUGGCACUGGAGCCUUUGGCACUGGCGGUGGCUCGCUCGGUGGCGGCUCGGCAUUCGGCAGCCUCGGGGGCAACCCAUCGAUGACUGGCGGCCUGGGCAUGGGUGGCCACCAGCAGAUGGGCGUCGGUGGUGGCAUGAUGCAGCAGAACCAUCAGCCCAUCCAUCAGCAGAUCCUGGCGCGUGUGACCUCGCCCUACGGCGACACGCCCAUCUUCAAGGAUCUGCGGCAAGGCGACGAGGCGGACGCCACACGUGCCACCAACCCUGCCGCACAGCAGGCGGUAAUGGACAUGAACAACAAGCAGUUCAAGAUCAACACCAACUCAAAUCCGGCGCCCGUGAAGGUGAAGGCCGCAGGGAGCAAGUCCCUCUUCGAGGGUCUCGAGGAGUUCGACGGCAGCGUCGAGGGCUUCAACAUCAAGCCGAAUUCCAGGCGUUUGGUGAUCAAACCCAAGGACAAGGCUGCCGAUAUUUCAAACUCCAACUCUUCGUUGAACAGCAGCGGCCCGCACGCGGCUUUGGGACGCUCCCAGCGAGAGUCGUUUAAUGGAGCAGUUCCCAAUGAACCGACACCGCCAGCAGCAGCGACGACUGUUUUCUCUCCCCAACAGCAGCAGGACACAAGUCGCCGCGAGUCGUGGUUGCAUCCCAAGAAUCUGGAGAUGGUGCGCCAGCGCAACCUACAGACGGGCAUGGAUCAGCAGCAGUCGCCACACAACAGCACCCUCAACGAGCUGGUGCCGCGCAAACCACUGGAAACCUACCGAACCAGCUCCACGAUGCGACAGUCCGUCUCCACCAUACCAGAGAAUCCGUUCGAGGAUCAGUCGCAGACCAGCGCCAUUGCCAUUGCCAGGCGGGACACCUUCUCGGGCUCGGAGCAGCAGCAGCAGAGUGCCAAUGAGAGCGGCCUCUCGAAUCGUUCGCACGAAGAGGAGACCACCGCAGGCAAUCGCUCUAGACUGGCCAUUGAGGCGGCAGCUGGAGCGACUGAGGCGGCGGACUAUGAGCCGCAUCCCACGGGGAUUGUUUUGCGACGCGUUGGCUACUACACGAUACCCUCGCUUGAUGAUCUCAAGUCCUACCUGGCCGAGGAUGGCUCCUGUGUGGUGCCAAAUUUCACCAUUGGACGCGAGGGCUAUGGCAAUGUGUUCUUUGGCAAGGAAAUGGACGUAGCUGGACUUAAUCUGGAUGAGAUUGUUCACUUUCGUAACAAGGAGAUCAACAUUUAUCCGGAUGAUGACAACAAGCCGGCCAUCAAUCAAGGCCUCAAUCGUGAGGCACAAGUCACGCUCGAUCAGGUGUGGCCCAAGGACAAGACCCAGCAUGUGGAUAUCAAGGAUGCGCAGCGUCUCAUCGAAAUGGAUUUUGAGGGCAAGCUGCGCCGUGUCUGCGACAAGAACGAUACACGCUUCAUCGAGUAUCGCCCAGAGACGGGCAGUUGGGUGUUUCGCGUGAAGCACUUCUCCAAGUACGGCCUGAGUGAUAGCGACGAGGAGGACAGCAAUGACAAAGUGCCCACCGAUCCAAAGAAGCAAAAAAUGACGGCACUUGAGGCGGCAGCGGCACAGGAUAAUGCGGGUAAAAUGACGCUCAAUUCGUUGCGGCAUGCCCAGCGCAUAUCCGAGGAUGCGGCACGCUUGCUGGACCCCAAAUCUCUAGUCGCGAAUGUGGCCAGCAGCAGUUUCCGGCCCAUGGACGACUCGCCUGAAUUUAUGCUGAUGGAUAAGACACAAUUCUUUCAGGCUGGCGCUGGCAUGGACUUUUCCAUGUUUGAGGCGCCCAGACAGCAGCAGCAGCAGACCAUUGUCAGCCCCACAGCCAGGCUGGCCAAGGAGUUGGCCGGCAAUGAGCCGCACAAAAUGCAGCUAAUGAAAUCCUCGUUGUUUGUCGAAGACGACGAUGCCAGCGAGGAUGAAGUUAGAGGUACUGUGAAUAGCCGCUUCCAGCGCCAACGCAACAUGUUCCACGCAGGGCCCAGCGGCUGGGCAGACUUGGGUGGAGCCUCUGAGUCCUCCAGUCCUUACGAUUUUGGACGCACAUCUGCCGGCCUGCCCGUCUCCUCGUCAGCCUCUGUGGCCAGCCUGCUGCAAUCAGAUGAGACCUCUUCCAUGGCCACUGGCAGCAAUUUUGGGGACAAGCCAAUGUCAGGAGCAAUUGUUGCACUCGCCUCCAAGGUGCGUCCGUUUAAGUUUGUGAGCAAACCGAAGGUGGCACCCGUUAAGGUUUUCGGCACCACCGUGCCACUGAACCGCUCGAUACUGUAUGAGCAGCGCCACAAAUGGGUGGCCGAUCUGGGCUUCUACAAGGGACGCAGCCUGAAGCUGAGCUUUGGUCCGCACAACACACUGAUGGUGCCCCAAACGCUGAACAAUGUGCGCAACGCCAUAGAAGAUGGCAGCGUGGCACCAGCAGCGCUGGUGUUUAUGCCACGUUCGGGCAAUGAUUUCUCACCCGUUUUGUGGCAAUUUUGCAACUUUAAUAUGGUGCAUGCCCAUGGCAGUUUCCGCGAGACAAUUGUGCCCCAUUUGGAGGUGCAGCUGGGCGAGGGCGUUAGCGUGGAGAUCGAGGACAGCCAAUGCCCCUGGCUGCAUGCGGGCAAGGGCACGCAGCUGAUUGCCAAACAUCUGAGAGAAUCCCUCAAGCUGCGCAACCUCGGAGCUCUGGAGGAAUACGGUGUGUCCGUGUGGUCUCUGUUGUAUGCGCUGUGGGGGCAGCACGAGGAGCUUUCGGGCGAUCCGAACGACACAAACAGCCACCACACUGUCAUGUGUCGUCGCAAUCUGUUCUCUGACUGGCUGGAGAACACCCUCGGGGGCAUGGAUUUGCUGACCAAGAAGGUCAGCAGCCACAGCUAUCUGGACCACAUGCUGGAUCUUCUCAACUGCCAUCGCGUGAGCGAGGCGUGCGAUCUGGCCCUCAACUACGACGAUGCCAAUUUGGCACUGAUUCUCGCUCAACUGGGAUCCGGUGCGGUCUUCCGCAUGCUCAUGGAGGAGCAACUGUUUGCCUGGCAGCAGAGUAAAUCGGAUAAAUUUAUUCACCUCAACCGCCUGAAGAUGUACAUGAUGGCGGCGGGAGUGAAUAUGAUGCAAUCCUCGCAGGGCACCAUCAAUCUGAUGGAGGACAACAGCUGGCUGACGGUGGUGGGCCUGGAGCUGUGGUACUUCAGGGCACCCACCUCUUCCAUUACGGACGCCCUAAUGGAGUACGAUAAGGCCUACCAGUCCGAGGAGUGCUUUGCAGAUCCGCCCAGCCCCACCUACAAGGGAGUGUCUGCCGCAGCAGAGAGAAAGAAACCUGUUUACGAUCUGCGCUACCAUCUGCUGCAGCUGUACUCCAAGCGAAUGCAUUCCCUGGAGGAGACACUGAAUCCCAUAACACACACAAACGAUCCCAUGGACUUUCGUUUAAGUUGGCUGCUGCUGCAGACCUUGUGGGCUCUGGGCUAUCGCCACUGCUCGCCCCUGGCUGAUGCACAGCUGACGGUGGACUUUGCCAGCCAGUUGGAGAACGAGGGCCUCUGGCAGUGGGCCGUCUAUGUGCUGCUGCAUAUCGAGAGCAGAGACCGGCGGGAGAGGGCCGUGCAGCAGCUGCUGCUGCGCAACGUGAGCGUCUUGGCCCAGGCGGCGCACAACGAGGAGGAGCGCUUCAUUGUGGAGCAGCUGGGUGUUCCUAAGUCGUGGGUGGACUAUGCCAAGGCUGUGCGAGCCGGCUCCCUGGGCCAGCGACACUUGCAGGCGAAGCAUCUUCUGUCGGCCAAGCACUGGGCGGAGGCUCACGAGAUCAUCUUUCAGUAUAUUGCGCCCGAUGCCAUCAUCAAUGGUAAAACGGAGUAUUUGCACCGUCUGCUCAUUCAGUUCGAGGACACCGAAGGCAGCAGCAUUCGAGUGCCGAACUGGGCCAAUCAGGGUCAGAUAUUCCUGGACUUUAUCGACAUCAGUUCCAAGUUCGCGCAGAUACAGAAUAUGCAGAAUAUUGAGGAUAUUAAGGCGCGCUGGGAGAACCUGAAGCCGCAGCUGAGCGAGCUCUGUUCGCGCAUCAGCCUGUUGCCAUGCCCCACGGCCAAGCAUCGUCUGUGCCAGACGGAGAUCUCGCAGAGCCUCAACUGUCUGGUGCACGGCAUGUGCAUUGUCAGCCCCCAAAUGCAAUCCUCCGCCGUACUGAAAGUGGCACUCGAACGAUUGCCGAUGCCCCAGGAGCUACUUUCGAGAGAGUUGCGCAAUCUGCUGGACGAGCUGCUCGAAGAUCUCGAAAAGAAGUCGACCUUUCGCGAGCGUGUCAGCGGCAUGGAAAUCCACUGAUCCAAUACAAAAUAAGAUCGCUUAUAAGUCUAGAUUAAGCCACAUCUACCUAAAUAAAAUAGAACAGUAUGACAGAAACUAGAUUAAGAAUUCGUCAACAGAGUAAGAGAGAAAAAGUGAGCGAGUUUACGAUCACACUACAGUUACUAUGAAUGUCUUUGUUAAUUCGAUUAUAUUUCCAAUUUCCGCUCGUGUGACUAUCUUUGUACAAGACCUUCUAGUAAACAAUAAAAUUGAUUUGAUUAUUUUUACACACUAAAA